AUGACGACCGAGUUGCAGCACCAAAAAAAAGCCGUUUGCUUGCUGCGACGCGCAGCUUCUUUGACACCCGCAUGCUGCUUGACAACGGAUUUAUCCAGCGUAGCCGGCUUGGCGUCGAAUCAAUCUGCAAACGAUGAAAAGGGUGAGAGACUUCUCUGUACGGAGGGAGGAGACAAGAUCCACACCUUCACCGGUCACCCAAGUUGA